GGAAAUAAUGUAGCAGCCUGGUAAAUGAAACUAAAGUCUGGUAUAAAAGCAAAUGCUGACAUUCCCCUUUCCAGUCAACUUAAAACCUCCACAUGGACACUGCUCCUGUACAUGCUUUGGAUUAGGACACAUUGGAGAUCUUGAAUUCUACAUGAUCUUAGGCUUCAAACAUGACCUCCCAAAAGCCUCGUAUUCUCACUUGGCUAGCCAGCCAGGUUGGCAGAAAAGAGUAUCCAGGUUUGAAAUGGGUUAACAGCGAACGAACACAGUUACAGGUUCCUUGGAAGCAUGGAAGUAGGCAGGACCGGUCUGAAGAAGAGAUUAACAUUUUUAAGGAAUGGGCUAUUGCCAGCAGACGCUAUGACCCCUUGAAGGAUAAACCUGACCCAGUAAGGUGGAAGAGGAAUUUUCGUUCGGCUUUGUCACGGAAGGACGGCGUCUGUAUGAUCCAAUGCAACAGCUCAGACACUGACAAUCCUCACAAAGUAUACCAGAUCACCAAUGAAUGUCCAACAGCUCCUGUAGAACGGUACGCCAGCAAGGGAGUCACCCCAACCUUCCAGCAGACCGAUUGCUACAGCCAACAAGUUGCCGGGACAAUGUAUCCACAAGCAGCCUUCUCAGAGGAUCUAGACCUGGUGGCUUUGUGCCUGGAUGAAAAUGAUUUGUACCGUUCUCCUGGAGACUUGUACGCCACCAUAGAUGAUCUAAAUAAAAUGACAUUUUCGGAACAAAUCUGUAACACUGCUAUUUCACCUGCACAAGUAAAUGUGUAUGGUAUAGCUGCUGCCCCCACCUCUACCUGCUAUGAUAAUAACUACCCUGUGCACAGUGACGUCCCCCAUCCUGCAGAACAAGUAGGAGAACACGUUCAACCACAACCUGCUCAGGAGCCUGGGAAUCUCAAAGAAAUAAUACGUAAACAUUUCACUGAGAACAAAUUUGAAACUGAUUUUGAAGUCAACAUUUUCUACCGAGGGACCCUGGUAGAAAGCACCUUGGUGAAAAACCCACGUGGAUUCUACAUCACCUCUGGGAAACAGCCCAUUUCAGGCACCUAUUUAGGUCAGGUGGCUUUGCCGCCGCCUGGAACAUUAGUCACCAAUCAGCCGCUGGUUAAGGCAGUUGACAAUCUUCUGACACAUUUGGAACAAGGAACGCUGGUGGAAGUGCGAGGAGGCUCAAUCUGUGCCAAUAGGUCAGGCAAAUGUCACAGCUAUUGGAGUAUGACCAACACGCCUACAACAAUAAGCCCCAAUGAAAUCGACAAAGCCAGCUACUCUGUUUUGUAUAGUGUGCAGCAGUUUGUUACAGAACUGAUUGCGUUUAUUGAACGUAGGAGCAACGAAUCUCCACAAUAUAAGAUAUGGAUUUGUAUUGGAGAAAAGUGGCCAGAUAUCAUUCCAUGGGACAAGAAAUGCAUCAUGGUGCAGAUCACACCUGUGGUGAUGCGUCUGCUGCAUGAGAUGAGUUACAGCACCGGAGCCUCCUCACUAACUAACAGCGACUUGAAUCUGGAAAUCUCAGACUCUUUGUCCAGCACAAAUGAUGUGUUGUCACUUCUCAAAGAGAUUGACAUGAUGGACUGGACCUAGAUAAUUAGUGCCUUCUAGGUAUCCUGACAACCUAAAAUACUGAUACUGACCAGCCAUAAGGGCCUGAUUCUGAGUUUUAUACAUCUGAGAAAUCAAAAUCUCAAAGACAUUGCAUGUGGAUUGGAUUAGGUUGCG